GUGUGGGCGGGGCAUACAGCGAGGAAAACAACGCGCAGCAGCUGCUGAAAGUAUAGAAGAGAGAACCUGCAACGGAGACAACUGAGAAGAUGCUGGGAGGAGGGAGGAAGGGGACGGGCUCCGCUGCUGUGCUCAAAUACGACCAGACAGGCGAGUCCUUGCAGCAGGAACCGGACGACGGCGGAGAAGGCAAGACGACGACAGGAGAAAGGAGAGAUGAAGAGGUUGCGUGUUCGGUGCUCACCCCAGAGCAGAUCUUCAGCCAGCUGUCGAUGGUGCUUCAGACUCGCUGUCCCCUUCCCGCGGGUUCCAGCAAAGAAGCAGAGCGGGACGCAGAUGGUUGUUCGGCACCACCCGACGGCUCAUGUGGCGUUACUCGGAAGCUCAGCAGCAAGACAAAGAGAGGGAGGGAUGCGAAAACGCGGAAGGCGGCGGCAGGGCAGCAGCAGACAAAGCGAGCCAAAACGACGGCGGAGAAAAGGGUCGAGAAACGGCCGCCGCGUCGGCGACAGCGUCACUACCAACCGCGUCGUCGCCCUUCAGCUGCGCCUCUCUCUGCGGAAAAAAAUCCGCCGGAGACCGUCGCAGAGAGCGAGUCAUCUUCGACUACUGUGCGCUCCUCCGCCUCCUUUGCCUCUCCGCUAACGACGCAACCUCGGACUAGCUGCGGUGUGCAUGUAGUUGUCAUAUCACCACAGACACUGUCCCCUUCUCUUCUUCCUACUACUACUACUAGUGCUGCUUCUAACCCGUCGUCACCUCUUUCGCCGGCUACGCCAUUUGUAUCCAAGGCCAACCCACCAUCCGCAGACGAAAACACCAGCGUUGCUAUGGAGACGCCUGGCAACGCUCAAGGGCAAGACGGGCCGCAUAACAAAGGAGCAGCAGAAUCUAGUAACAGUAACGAUUCACAGAUCUCUAGCAACCCUCGUCCACCAAGAAGUGAAGCUUUCGCAAAAAAUCGUGCCAAACAGCAAUCUACUAGCAGGGAGAAAUCUAUGUCUUCAGAUGAUGGCCGUUUAUGUUUCUCGCAUCCAAUCACUACUAAUAGAACCAGCAAACUUCCAAAUGAAGGGAUUUCUGUUGAUACUCCUGUUGGGAAAAAUGAUAACUUACGACGUGCUCCACUCGACUACGAGCUUUUGGGUCGACUCAUCGGCGAAGAUACCCUGACAUCGUUCUACAAGAGUUUCCGCGCUCACCCUCUCUCCGAGGACUUGGAGAUCCGACUCCUUGACCCCCUGAGGGAAGAGGGGUCGAAUUUUCACCACCACGACGUCGGGGGGUCUCUGACGGCCCCCAAAAACCUGCCUUGCUGGCUGCAAAUCACACGAAAACGUAUGCACAUUGACCCAAAUAUUGGUCCCAUGUCCCUCGCACGCAUCCUCGUCUCGAACACCGGCAUCAUCAAAUUCCAGCACCUGUUCCCCGUCAUUCGAACAGCGUUCAUGCACCACAUGAAAAGCUGCAAUAUCUCGGCCUUACUCGGCGAGCUAAGCCCUCGGAAAGUCCUUUGCCCCGGACUUCCAGAUUACCUCUCGCAUCAUUCGACUCUCGGAUACCACCCAAAAGGAACUGAGGGUGAUUCAUACCCAAACUCCCGAUUACCGUCGUUUCGAUCACCGCGAGUGCCCCAUGUUUCACAUCCCCGAGUCGAACCUUCGCUGGAAGAGGCAUUUCCCCGACAACAUGUGCACCAAGUGCAUCCAGCUCCAUUCGUUCAUUCUGAGGCUCCUUGAAAAAAUGCCGUUGCCCGCAGCCCCACCUCAAAAGAAGUGCUCUCGUUACACCACCGGGACUUCGUUGGUCGAGAACGGAGGGCUGUCUUCCUCCGCGAGUGAAGUCGAGUCCCCUCCCCACGGAUCCUCGUUCCCCGACCCUCAUUCCGUACCAGCAGUUUCCGAGGAAACCACAACCCCCCUCUCCACCUCCAUGGCAACACCGGUCGCCACGACGACACCGGUCACCGUGACAACAACAGAGGACACCUCGAACAGCAGUGUGUUGGCAACGUACUACAGAGAGUCCUUGGGGCAGAGGUUUAUAUCCACCCUCUCCACAUCUCCUUCUUCCUCUUCGCCUUCCCUCCUCCCCCCUCUCUCCCCUCAUCGUCUCUCUAGCUAGCUUACAGCUGUGACGCCAUACCAACAACACAUUGCUAUAGUUCAGCUCAGUUCACACGUUUUAAUACACACUUAUGUAGUAUCUGAUGAUGAUUAAGUUUCAAAAAACGAAUGAAUGAUCCUAGGGGCGAAUUAGAUACACACUGAGACCAGCUUUUUGUCUGUGGUUUCAGUAAUUAGUAUGUUACACACCUGACCUCGUAG